AUGUCCAAGGUAACGGCGCCCGGGCCCGGGCCGCCGGCGGCGGCGGGCGGGAAGGAGAAGCGCUCCUUCAGCAAGCGGCUGUUCCGGAGCGGCCGCGCGGGCGGCGGCGGCGCGGGGGGCCCCGGGGGGCCCGGGCCGGCCGCGCCCGCCUCGCCCUCGUCCGCGCGCUCGGUGGGCAGCUUCAUGAGCCGCGUCCUCAAGACGCUGUCCACGCUCUCGCACCUGAGCUCCGAGGGCGCCGCCCCGGACCGCGGCGGCCUCCGCAGCUGCUUCCCGCCCGGGCCGGCCGCCGCGCCCGCGCCGCCGCCCUGCCCGCCGCCGCCCGCCGCGCCCGCGCCGCCCGCCUGCGCAGCCGAGCCGGUGCCCGGGGUGGCGGGGCUCCGGAACCACGGCAACACGUGCUUCAUGAACGCCACGCUGCAGUGCCUCAGCAACACCGAGCUCUUCGCCGAGUACCUGGCGCUCGGCCAGUACCGGGCGGGGCGGCCCGAGCCCUCGCCCGACCCCGAGCAGCCCGCGGGCCACGGCGCGCAGGGCCAGGGCGAGGUCACCGAGCAGCUGGCGCACCUGGUGCGGGCCCUCUGGACCCUGGAGUACACCCCGCAGCACAGCCGCGACUUCAAGAGUAUUGUAUCAAAGAAUGCUCUGCAGUACCGGGGGAAUUCCCAGCACGAUGCCCAGGAGUUUCUGCUCUGGCUUUUAGACCGAGUUCACGAAGACCUCAAUCAUGCUGUAAAGCAGAGCGGCCAGCCACCCCUGAAGCCACCAUCUGAGGCUGAUAUGCUGCCCGAGGGACCAUCUUUUCCAGUCUGUAGCACUUUUGUACAAGAACUUUUUCAAGCCCAGUACAGAUCUUCUUUGACUUGUCCUCACUGUCAGAAGCAGAGCAACACCUUUGACCCCUUCCUCUGCAUUUCUUUGCCAAUUCCUCUACCCCACACAAGGCCUCUCUAUGUCACCGUAGUGUAUCAAGGGAAAUGCUCUCACUGCAUGCGGAUUGGCGUGGCCGUGCCUCUGUCUGGGACUGUUGCCAGACUUCGGGAAGCAGUGUCUAUGGAAACAAAAAUCCCCACUGAUCAGAUCGUGUUAACCGAGAUGUACUAUGAUGGGUUCCAUCGUUCCUUUUGUGACACAGAUGACCUGGAAACAGUCCAUGAAAGCGACUGCAUUUUUGCCUUUGAGACUCCAGAAAUAUUUAGGCCUGAAGGAAUUCUCAGUCAAAGAGGAAUCCACUUAAACAACAAUCUAAACCACUUGAAAUUUGGUUUGGAUCACCAUAGACUGCCUUCUCCUACACAAGCAGCGGCAAAGCAGGGGAACAUGGAUCUGCCCCCCACCAGGGCGGGAAGCGAUAAGAUUGUGCUGCUAAUAUGUAACCGAGCCUGUACUGGGCAGCAAGGGAAAAGGUUCGGACUGCCUUUUGUGCUGCACUUGGAGAAGACGGUGGCGUGGGACGUCCUGCAGAAGGAAAUCUUGGAGAAGAUGAAGUAUUUCUUGAGGCCCACGGUUUGCAUCCAGGUUUGUCCAUUCAGUCUGCGCGUGGUCAGUGUUGUGGGAAUAACGUACCUGCUGCCUCAGGAGGAGCAGCCCCUGUGCCACCCGACAGUGGAAAGGGCAUUAAAAUCUUGUGGACCAGGUGGCACUGCUCAUGUGAAAUUAGUGGUAGAAUGGGACAAAGAGACAAAAGAUUUCUUGUUUGUAAAUACCGAAGAUGAGUAUAUCCCCGAUGCAGAAAGUGUCCGUCUGCAAAAAGAGCGUCAUCAUCAGCCUCAAACUUGCACUUUAUCCCAGUGUUUCCAACUCUACACCAAAGAGGAACGGCUCGCCCCGGAUGACGCCUGGCGCUGCCCGCACUGCAAGCAGCUGCAGCAGGGGAGCAUCACGCUGAGCCUCUGGACGCUGCCCGACGUGCUCAUCAUACACCUAAAGCGGUUUCGACAGGAAGGAGACAGGCGCAUGAAACUUCAGAACAUGGUCAAGUUUCCCUUGACUGGCCUGGACAUGACCCCUCAUGUGGUUAAGAGAAGCCAGAGCAGCUGGAGCUUGCCAUCCCAUUGGUCUCCGUGGAGACGGCCCUAUGGACUCGGGAGGGACCCUGAGGACUACGUCUAUGACCUGUAUGCUGUGUGCAAUCACCAUGGCACCAUGCAAGGGGGGCACUACACAGCGUUCUGUAAGAAUUCCGUGGACGGCCUCUGGUACUGCUUCGAUGACAGCGACGUGCAGCAGCUGUCAGAGGAGGACGUCUGCACGCAGACAGCCUACAUCCUUUUCUACCAGAGGCGGACGGCGAUACCCUCGUGGUCAGCCAACAGCUCAGUGGCAGGCUCGACAAGCUCGUCCUUGUGUGAACACUGGGUGAGCCGGCUCCCGGGGAGCAAGCAAGCCAGCGUGACCUCUGCAGCUUCCUCGAGACGCACCUCCUUGGCCUCGCUCUCUGAGUCCGUGGAGAUGACGGGGGAGAGAAGCGAAGAUGACGGGGGCUUCUCAACUCGACCAUUUGUGAGAAGUGUUCAGCGUCAGAGCCUGUCGGCCAGAUCAUCUGUCACCAGCCCCUUGGCCGUCAAUGACAAUUGCAUCAGACCGUCUUGGUCCCUGUCCGCUAAGCUGCAGAUGCGCUCUAAUUCUCCAUCCCGCUUCUCAGGGGACUCUCCAAUUCACACCUCCGCCUCCACCUUGGAGAAGAUCGGGGAGGCGGUGGACGACAAGGUCUCCAUCUCAUGCUUUGGGAGCUUGAGGAACCUUUCUAGCAAUUACCAGGAGCCCAGUGAUAGUCAUGGUCGACGGGAGCACAAGACUGUGGGUCGGGCCCCUCUGGCUGUCAUGGAAGGAGUGUUCAGAGAUGAAUCCGACACCCGCAAAGUGAAUUCCAGUGUUGUAGAUACACAGAGAAAAAACUCGGCACAAGGGGAUUGCUUGCCCCCCGUCUCUGAUCCGUUUGAUAACAAUAAUCAGAUUGCAUAUGUGGAUCAGAGCGAUUCUGUAGACAGCUCUCCUGUCAAAGAGGUGAAACCCCUGAGCCAAGCAGGGUCUGUCACCAAGAAACCGGAGAGCACAACUAAGAGGUCCCCAGGUUCCAAAGGCCCCACCGAGCCGGACAGAAGCUUGCGGAAGGGGAGACCGGUCUUGGCAAGCCAGGAAUCAUCUCUUUCAAGUACAUCACCUUCCUCUCCUGUUCCUGUAAAAGUUUCUCUAAAGCCUUCCCGCUCCCGAAACAAGGCAGAAUCUUCUUCCAGGGCCAGUGGACGGCACUCUUCCCCUGCCCCUGCCCCACCCAAAAAGGCAUCCUCCCCCAAGUCCCAGGACUCCGUGUCGUCUCCUUCCCCCCAGAAGCAGAAGUCAGCCGCUGCACUCACUCACGCUGCCUGCUCCACAUCUGCCAAGAAAGCCUCGGGCCCCACCACGCGGGGCCAGUUCCCUCCUGGGAAGAGCAGGACUUCAGACAGGAGCCUGAGCAGAGAGGGUUCCAGACAAAGCCUGACUUCCGACAGAGCCAGCCUCUCCUCCAGCUCCAAGCCCAGCUCCCCGCGGGUGGGCCAGGCCAGGGCUGGGGAGGGCCGCGGGGGCGGGAAGCAGGUUAGGAGUUCCUCCAUGGCCAGCCUGCGCUCGCCCAGCACCGGUGCCAGGGCUGGGCUGAAGCGGGACAGCAAGUCGGAGGACAAGGGGCUGUCCUUCUUCAAAUCGGCCUUGAGACAGAAGGAGACGCGGCGGUCGACAGACCUUGGCAAGACAGCCUUGCUCUCCAAGAAGGCGGGCGGGGGCUCCCUCAAGUCGGUCUGUAAGAAUGCCAUGGACGACAAGGCUGAGAAAGGCCACCCGCCUCCAGCUACCCAGCAGCCACACGCAAAUGCAGUGGGAAAAGAGCUGGUUGUCUCCAAAGACUCUACUGCUAAACAUUCCCUGCUGUCUGCUCGCAAAUCCAAGUCUUCCCAGCUAGAUUCUGGAGGACCCUCAUCGCCUGGGGGCAGGCAGUCUACUGAGAAAUCCUCAAAAAAGUUACCUUCCAGCAUGCAAACCUCUGCACGGCCUUCUCAGAAACCUCAGUGAUAUUCCUGUAAUCCCAGUGUUUUAUCUGUAAAGAUGUUUAUUGUUUAUUUAUUUAGGGCCUCCCCCACCAAAGCCCUCUAUGCUUUUGUUUGUAUUUUUUGGGUCAUGUGCCUGGUGUGUGUGUGUGUGCGCGUGCGUGCGUGCGUGUGUGUGUGCACGCACGCAUGCAUGCAUGAAUGAAUGAAUGUAUGUAUGUGAGCGCUCACAUGAGUGUGUGUGAGAGAGUUCAAUUGCAAAUUGUUAAAAGCGUCGCCUUAUUCUGCCAUUGAACCAAAUAACAGCCAUAGGCAAAGCAUUGAUACCAAGCUAACUGGAAUUAUUGUAGACAAUACCCUGGACACUCCCCUAGCAAUUGUAUAUAUUUCUUUCUAGAGAACUCUGACUUUGGUUGGACACUAGGGUUUUGAAACCUGUGAACCAGUUAAGCUGUCAUCCAUGUGCUCUGUGGGAGGAUGAACUAUUUGACUUGGGUUUCAUCUGAGCAGGAUUUAUCCUCACUGCAGAUUGUCAUGUGGCACCAGGAGCUCUAAAAACUGACACUAACCGUGAAAAACUGAGGGAAAACUGUUGCUUUCUGCACUUUGGCCCCAUCUACCAGUCUUUGUAAAGGGCAAUAUUUAUCACUGAUGUUUCUCAGGUAUAUACUCAGCUAGACUAGCAUGGAUGCGUUAUCAGUGCAAGGGUCAAAGAGGAAGGUGGCCUGUGGUGGCUGUGAUUCUCCUACUGCCGCAGGUGGAAGUCUUGAGUGCUCGAAGUCUCCCGUGACCUGCAUGUCUGCAAAGGUGCCUGUACCAUAAGCGGUCUUGACCCUGGGGAUGUAUGUAAGAGGCGGCAAAGGGAUAGCCAGAAGGCCAGUCACUAGUAGUUAACUUAUUUUUUUCCUUCCAGGCUUGCUGGCUAAGGCCAUGGGAGUUUUGAAAGGUAGUAGAAUGGUUAACACUUUUGAGAGAUUCCUGGGGGAAAAAAAUGGAUCCUAAGCUGGAUGCGUGAAUCUCUACUGUCCUCCUCCUCUGGUGUCCUUUGUGUGUUACAAGUGUGUGUUACAAGUCGAGCUCUCCGUGCUGCCCGCUGUGCAUGCCGUGGCUUGGCAGCAUUGGUGUUUCUACUCCCUGUGGCCUGGAGAGGAAAGAGGUUGCCCAGGCCCAAGAGUCUUCAGCGGGGGUUGCAGCCCUCUCAGAGCAGCAGUAUGCACGCGUCUGAUCCUGCCUGUCAGUCUGACUUACAACUGCUUUUCACUAACUCCUUUGUUUCUUUUUGUGCUUAAGAUUUGCUCUCUUGCCCAGAUCUCACAAGCAGGAUUGGAGCACGCCCCGCCUGGCAUCGUCAAUGCAAAUCGCCUUGCUUGUUUAGGAAAAAGGGAAUCUCCAAAAAGCCUCACAAAUAAGCUUGAUAGUUUUGCAAACUUUUUGGAGGUAUGCUGACCAUUUCUAGGCUCCCCUCCUUUCAGUAUUUUGUUUAAAGGUCAAAAGAGUCAUGUUCCUGACUGUCCCUGAAUUGCAUUUGUCAUUUUGCCAUGAAAUACAUAGCACACGGAGUUCAUAUGCUUUUAAAUAUUGACUUAAUUUUUAAGUUGUAGACGCAUUGGGUUUGUGCUCUUGGUGCGCAGAUCCACUGUGAUCUCCCUUCUCAGUAUUGCUGGAUAUGAAGUGACCAGAACAACACGUGUGCAAAGCCACGAAUUCUGCACUGCCUUUUUUUUUUCCCCUUUCUUCUUUUUUUAAUCCAUGAUUACCUCUUGGGAACUGUUUCCAGUAGGUCACUUAAUUUUAUUUUGCUGCUGUUUUUAGCUCUAGCAGGCCACUUGGAGUCUGGAGGCCAUUUAUAUAGUGGGUAGCUGGAAUUUUAGACCCUGGGAAUAUUUAAGACUUACAUACUCAGCCUCGUGAAAGUUACCGUAGGCACCAUGAAAUUCAUGCCACAUGAGCCUGUGGGCCAUGGCUCUGGGUCCUGCGCUUGCUGGGUCCUGCUCUGGUGUCUCGGGCUCGCUGUGAAGCCUCUGGUUUCCCAGAGCAGCAUCUCUGUCCCCUGUCCGAGCCUGGCUGCCAGCGGCUGUUAAUUCCUGCUUCUAAAAGCAUGUGAACAGCCCCAUCAGUGUUGGCCACUGCUAGCUUUACUGUAUUGCUUUUAUUUCCUGGAAAGAUGCACCAAAUAGAGGGUCAUUGAUACCAGGAAUUGUUUAAUUUGAACUCUUCCUCUUUCUUUAAGAAAGAAAUUUGAAAUCUCAUUUGAAAUCUCCUCUCUGAAGCAGUCUUAGAAUUAUAGUUUGACUAUACAAUGGGUUUUAAUAGGCAUAUGGAGGGGUGGGGGUUUUAAUCAGUUAAGCAUUAAUAGAAAGUGGUUUAAUUUUCACAGUGGUAAAUGUUUUUAUACUUGAGUCCUUCAGGAAUGGAUUUUCCAUUAUGUUUUGUGUCUUUGAAAAAAAAAAAGCAAAAACUAUAGACUACUUUAAAUUUUCGGUGGGAUCCAGAAAUAAAAUUUCAGUGUCUAUAAACUGUAUGUCUGUGGAGUUUAGUCCUUGUUUCAGAUAUAAAUGGGAAAAAAUUCAGGAAGCAUUAAUGGCAUUAUCUAGGCAUCUUGAAGCUGUGAUAUUUCUGUGCUUGGUAAACCAUGAAAUUUCUUGUUAAACAUCCUUAACUACUAGGUGCAGCUUUAAGUCAAGAAAGGAUAUUUUGCCCCAAAGUUUAGAGGUGCCCUUUGACCUGAGAAAUACCUUACUGUACUUCUUCAGUUCAUUUGUUAAUAGUGUUAGGAACUUGGGGUGUGUUUUGUUUACUUACUGCACGAUGAGCAUGUGUGUGUUUGGGUUAAAAGUCAUUUGCAAAGGACGGUAGGCCCGAUCAGAACACUCAUUUUCUGGUACACAUAAAAUAAUCAGCAGUAGUGUUGCGUCUGUAAAGUUUGUUUGCUUUAAGGAAACUUUUUAUUCUUCUCGUCUUUUCCUGUACACAUCCAAUGCACUGAGACUCUUACCGUUCCUUAAGAAAGCCCUGUGCAAGCCUGGCCUCUGUUAAACCCUUCUCUAAUGUAGAAGCGUAAAGAAACUGUUAAGCUUAUGCCAUCUCAAGACCUUCUCCCCUUUUGUAUUUUCUAAUCCUGAAAGCAGCCUACCAGAAAUAAGUCUCCUACGCUGGGCUAACGGAGACAGACGUGGAAGUGUUUGCCGUAUGCUGUAACACUGCACUUAGCUGGGAGGCUGUCCUGGCUCUUUGUAAUCAUUCUUUCAUCAUUCAUUCAUUCAUUCAUUCUGCAAGCAUUUGUUGAGGGCCAGCUUUGCUUGUAGAGGCAAGCUGGAAGCUUCAGGAGUUGCUGUGGCUGAGCAGCCCGGGGGGCACAGCCCAUGACCUGGGAAUGCCGAUCAUGUCCUCGGAGCUACAGGCCUCUGGAACAGAAAGAAGGGAAGGAUUCUCGGUGAAUUGGCCAAGGCCCAGGAGCCUCUAAUGCAAAUCUGUCGUGUUUUGGAAACCAACAGUGCUCUUCAUCUUUGGAAUCAUUCUACUCUGCCAUCCACUUUUCAGACUGAGCUCUCUGUGUUCCUUAGGGGUCAAAAGUCUGUUGCAAAGUCACUUCAUCAGAAUUUGGUCAUCUGUGUUCGUAAGAGAUGGACCAGGGAUAUUUCUUAGGUUAUCCUAAAAUAAGUACCAUGAAGAAAAAUAGGAACGGUACAUAAAAGAAACAGUAGUGUCAACUUUUAGGAACAAUGAGAAGAAAGUAGUUGCGAACAAAGCUCUUUUAUUUCAGAUAAACAUUUUUUAAAGGAGAUCGACAUAUCACUUUGCAUCUUGACGUUGAAGAGCCGAGGUUAUCAUUUCUUACAUAGUGAUCGUGCUUACUGGAUUCAAAAGUAAUCAGGGUUACUGGGUCAGAUUUUGAGAUAGUCUGCAAAUCAAAAGCACACUUCCAAUAAAAUAUAAUCCAUGAGGCGCGUUGAACUUUGUAUCACUUGUAAUGGAGAAGAGCAAAACUUGCUGACAAACCAGUGCCUGAAUCAUAAACAUAAACACAAAGUGGCUGUUAUUCUGCAGGCUGUCUUUAAUUUCACAGAGGGUACAUUAUUGCUCAAGCUGACUACAUAUUUUGAGAGGAAAUCCUAUACUUUUAUUUAAAUGGAUGCCUUUGGGUCAGCUUCCAAAAUACUUGUUUUUGCAGCUGCAUUUUAAGCAUGACCAAUUCUUUUUUAACCACAAGUUAUGAAAAGGAUGUUGCAUGGCUCCAACUAACCCAGAAAGCAUGCUCUUACUACCUAUGCAAGCAGCUAACAUACAAAUUAGAGACGACUAAAUGUAAGUUUUUUAAAAAGAGGCAACUCUUAAAUUGUGGAGCUCUAUUUUUGAAUUUGUAAUUUUUUAAAUGUGGCUUAAUCGUCAAUAUAGAAGAGCAUGAGUAUGGAUUAUUUUGCUUUGCACAUGUUUCUCUGCUGAUUUUUUUCUUUCAUUGUUGGCAAGAUUGUGUGUAAAAUAAGAUUUUGCAAGCGGGGGUGGAAUUGGAUACGUUGAACACACCGAUUUAUAUACUAUAUUUAGCCUGAAGACUUUCCUAAAGUAUUUUGUUCUAAAAGAAAAAAACCUGCCAUUUUCUAUAGAUUUUAAUUUUUUAUAUCUUCUAGGGUCCUAUCGUCACAGGAAAGAAUGUGGCUUCUAAUAGUGCUAACAAUUUUAAAACGCUUUUGUAGAGACUUAGAGCUGUUUUGAAAGCUUGGACCGUCCCAUCUGUGGUCACAAUAAGGCCAAACUUGUGGAAUAUGUGGUAGCCUUGUGUAGAUUAGGUUCCAGAUCUAACCCACGUUCAUUUAAAAUGGUGUUUCUUGCCUUUGUGCAGAAGGGAGACCUAUUGCAGACUUGGGAGGCUUUUUCAGAUCUCACACACCCUUGCACCCCAAGACUCUCAGCCUCUUCUGAAUGGCUUGUUUGAGAUUCUGAUUCACUAGAAUCAUCCAGGAACUUUUAAAAACACCUGGGGCCCACUCCCAAGCUUUUGAUCUAAUUCAUGCAGGGUGCGGAGCCCCAGAAGCAACCUGUACUUCAGAGUUCCUCCGUGGUCCUGAUGCAGCUGGCAUUGAGAGCCACUGUGACGCGCCCUCCCCUGCUGUGUCGUGGUGAGAAUUGCCGCGAUACCAAGUCCUCAGGAAGAGUCCUGAGUCCCGAGUCCUCCGUGUGCUCUAUUUUGAUGGAGAGGGUUUCAAAUGAAGGGCCCUUUCUGGUUUGAGCCCUGAUUGGGGAGGUGGGGCAUUUUGUGGGCAGCCCAGCCCUUGGCUGUGUGAUGGGAAUCAGUGGUCUGUAGUUGGCUGGAGCAGGCGGGGUGGCCCUGGGGGUUGUGUCCUUCCCCUGGAUGCGUGGUGUGUCUUGACCCAAAGGAGAGCAGGAAGUCACCCCGAGUUAGAAAAUGCCUUCAAGGACCUUGGAAAAGCUGUCCCUGAUUCUGAUAGACUAGUUGUCCUUUGUAUAAUAGCAAACCCCAGGUUGCUGCUGAAUUUCCUUUUUAGCUCGUUCUUCACACAGAAUGGUUUUUAGUUUAAAGUGAAUGUGAAGCAUUUUAUUUGGAGUAUUUUUUUUUUUUUGGUAAUCCUCAGUAUUUUUUCAUGUUAUUAAAAAUAUCGGAUAAUUUCCAAAAAUUUGGCAGUCUUAUGAUACCUAUGGAGGCAAAUGAAAUAUAGUUUUAAUCUGUGGUGAGCUGAAUGCACUAUGACAUCUUUAGAAUAGUCUGCUGUGCUGCUUGGGUGGUUUCAUCCUGUUCAGCAUCACAUGGCCUACCAAAAAAAAAAAAAAAAAACCCACACACACACACAACUUACCUGGUGUUUUCAACAUUUCAAGGAAUAAAGAAGUAAAAAUCUGAGUUGGAAAUGGGUCCUCUGGAAAGCCCAGCCAGGGUGGGGUUCCCUGUUGUAGUCAUGACAAUGCAAUAUGAAAUCUCCCAGGUGCUAUUCUACACGGGCUGGUGUCUUUACACCAAAUGGGGAGGCAGUGGGGUGUUUCCAAAGUGGACGUUCUCCGGAGGCUCAGAUAUUUCUCUUCCCUGGAGGUUUGCUCACCAACUGUGCCUCUCACCACUGGUUAAAAUUGAAUUCAGGCCUCAUUACAAAAGUAGGUUCUUGAUUGAACUCUUCAGUUUUUACACUGGAAUUUCUGUAGUUGUCUUAAAAGCUGCAUGUCCUAUCUCUACACAAAAUGCUCUGAUAUUUUCAUGCACCACUCAGAGUGAGUUCUGUGUCGUUUUCCUCUUCAGUUGUGCAGUUGCACAGAGUGCAGGAUAUCUCUCCUUGAGGUGGAAAGAAAGUGUAUCAUACAUUUUAAAUUAUUUUAGAUCAAGUGCAUGAGAUGUGCCACUAACGUCUGUUAUUUAUUUGUAUGUUUUAUUCAAGGUGUAUGCACUUUCAAGAAGCAGAAUUUCUAUUUUUAUGUUUAAAGCAUUUUAUUUCUGGAACAGCAGUUGAUUAUAUAGUGUACAGUUGGAAUUAAGAGAAAAGUGGAAAAAUGUAACAAAAUAUAAUAAAUUUAUUACAUGAUGCCCUCUCCAAGCCAUAUUCCUCUUUCUCCCCUUGCCACCCUAAAUCUUUCUGGUGUUGCCUAACCUUGGAAAUGAAGCAGAAAUUGUGUUUGUCUUUCUCUGAUCUACACAAAAUGCUUUAAAUCAAGGUGUUAAGUGAAAAAUUACAGAAAAGAUACACACAGAUAAUACAUCCAUAAAAUUUUAAACGUAACUGUGCUUGCUUAAUUUUCACAACUAGUGAUGAUUAUUCCCCCUUUCCCAGAGGCAUUUUGUCCUAAACCAUGGAACUGGACAAGAAUUCACAUUCUGACUUGAUAGCAAUAUUUCCUAAUAUUUCCUUCUGCCAAACUUCAUGAUGGGAGGAAGUAACAGUACAGAAGGACCAUUCUCAUCUAGCCACACUCUCGCCCCUGAGAGCUUUGCUGUUAAGCAUCCUGUUCUCUGAACGGUUUUCUGGAGGUCUUUACAGCCCUCUGGACAGGACUGCCUAUGUAGGAUGUCAUGCCACUAGUGGUCACUUGGGGGCACUAAAGAUCACUGUCAAAUGUAUUCUCAAAGUCCAGAGGUUUAUGCUUACUCUGUGGAAAUGCUCAUUCAAUACCAUUUGAGAGCAUUCAGUGAGGAGCCAUCAUUCUCCAUAGAAACUUAAAUACUCAUCACAGAGCAGAUAUUUGCUGAAAGCAUGGCAUUAUGGCUUGGGCUUGGAGCAGGAAGACCACUCCCGACAAGUACGACCCACAUGCCAUGAGACCCAUUGCAUCAGUUACAAACCUUUUUAAUUUAAAUAGUAAAGUCUGGCUCUAGGUUCUGUAAAGUGUUUAACCAUGUAGUCCAUUGACUAGUCAAGAGGUUUCAUUAUGCCUGGAAGUGUGUGUCAGAAGACGUAGAUUUAAUUGCCCUGCAGAUAUUUGAGGAUCAUUUUGUCUGUCUUAAAAAUUUGGAAGAUUAUUUUCAAGUAGUUGAAUGAUCAGUGUCGCCCUACACACCUUUCCUGCCACUGUGGCAUUUGGUGCAUUUCUUCGGCUUUGGGGGCAUCACAGAGGCCCACAGGAACAGUGCCAGUUCCCUAGACUCAGGGCCAGGGUGUUACAUUCGUUAUUCCCUCAGAGGAAGGAAGGGAAGCCAGGGCGUGGGAGGAUGGUGCCUGCCUUGGAGUUCCAAGUCCAUGAGAGGUGGCAAUGGAGGAGAUCCCCCUGUACACAGUCCACUCAAAAUCGAAGUCUGAGCUCCUUGCAAUAUCUCCUGUGGACCUGGAUGCUGGGGGCAUGGCCACACCCUCAGCAAGCUUGCUAGCUGGUUGGUGUCAAGCUGGUUGACAAAUAAGCAAGUACUGCGAUGCCAUUAACUUAAUGCUCCCAAGACAUUACUUCUCUACUUCCUCUGUAAUUUCCUGGUGUUCCGCCUAGCUGCCUGUUGCCACUCACCCCUUUAUUUCCUAUACAUUGUCACUCACAUGCCACUGUCUCCAGGAGACCUUCCCUGACCACCCUUCCAGACAUCGCAGCUCACUGCCCAUCCUCUCUCCUUCCUUAUUUCCUCCAUAGCGCUUAUCACCAGCCACCGCAGUCUGUGUAUGAGCUCUCAGGAGAGCAGAGAUGUCUGCCGUUCUGUUCACUGCUCUUUUCCCAGCUCCUAGGAGAGUGCCAGGCACAUGGUGUUGACUGAAUGCAUGGAUUUUUUUGGUAAUCCACUAAACCCUCUGAGUCUGUCUUGCCAUCUAGAAGAUGGAGAACAGCACCUGCCUUGUAGCAUUGUGAGGGUUAGCAGGACUGAGACAACUAAGCAUUCAGCACAGUGCCUGGUGCAGGGGAUACCCCUCAUGAUGUCCUGGAUCAGAGGCCACCCUUUGGUGGUUUUAAAGAGGAGAGGGCAUGGGAGCAUAAUGUCCAUUCCAGACUGGGAGCCUGCCCAUACUUUAGGAUGUAGGGCACAAAAGCAGGGAGCAGUGGCUGAAGGACAGAAGGAUUUGUAGAGGCCCCAUCUAGCAGCACCUUUUAUGACCUACUAUAUUUGUUCUGAAGUAAAUGAGAAUUGGGAAGAUUUUAAUUUAGGAGAGAGAUGAGAUCCAGUUUGCAUUAGCAUGGUCACCAUGGCAACAACACGGUCCCAGCAAGCCUGGUUAGGUGCUUGUUCAGGAAUCUGAGUGCCACCUGGGGAAGGGCAGACCUAAGGCAGUGGACAGAGAAGAGGGAAGCCUCUGGUGUGGUGACUGUUCAGGCCCCAGGGGUGGGCUGCUAGGUUCAAAUUCUGGCCCCAUGACUUCCAAGCAGAACAACGUUGGAUGUGUAUUUCUCUAUAACUAAAAUUCUUCUGUAAAAUGUGGUAGUUAAUCUGUACAUGAUCAGGGGGAAGCUUAAUUGGAGUGAUUGAUUGGUUUAUUGACAUUGACCAUAUUAUACUACUAUAUUUGUUUUGUCUAUGAACUUACUGGGUUCUUUUUAUUUGUUGCAGCCUCUUUUGUAAUUUUUCCUCUUCCUUGCCUCUCUCUUAGAUCAAUCAAGCAUUUUAAAAAUUCCAUCUCCCCCUUAUAAUUC